AUGUCGAGCUCAGGAUCUCCGCUUGAGAAUCUAUUGAAGGAGUACAUAGCCCAGAACAACGCAUUGCUGAAAAGCCAGGCAUCAUCAAUCAGAAACCUGGAGAUCCAGGUAGGGCAGAUAGCAAGCGAGUUGAAAAACAGGCAGCCUAGAGUUCUACCUAGCAAUAUCGAAACAUUUGGGAACAAUAAUGGGAAAGAGCAAUGUCACAUGGUGACAUUGCGGAAUGGAAGAGCUCUUGAAGAAAGAAGAGGGAAUCCAAGAAACAACAGUCCUUUGAAAGAACGCAUUACACGUUCAAUGGAUCAGGAAGAAAGAACGCCCGAGACUAUAAGCCAUUCAGAAACCAGCACGUCUAACGCGGGAAAGCUUGAGGUGCCGCUGAACGCACCAUUCCCUAGGCGUCUGAUGAAGAAGAAUGAUGAACAUCAAUUCAAGCACUUUUUUAAGCUCCUAAAGCAGCUGCAUAUCAACAUUCCACUUAUAGAGGCUUUGGAGCAGAUGGCAAUAUAUGUAAAAAAAUUUAAGGACAUUUUAACGAAGAAGAGAAGAGUCAGUGAGAAAGAAGUAAUGGCGCUAACGAAUGAAUGUAACGCGUUAGUAAGCAACAAUCUACCAAAGAAGCAGAAGGACCCUAAGAGCUUUACGGUUCUUUGUUCGAUAGGAGGAUUGGAUGUGGGUCAUACGUUGUGUGAUCUAGGAGCUAGCAUUAAUCUCAUGACACUUUCAAUUUUUAAGAAAUUGGGUAUUGGCGAAGCUCAACCUACUUCUGUCACCCUUUAG